CUUCCAAAGAUUUUACCCAGCUUCUCUCGAUCGAAGUUCGAGAACAUAGCCAGUCAGCUAGAGCCUGGAAGAACAAAGCAGUAGCAGCAAGCAGCAAAAAAAAAAAAGAGGAAACCAUGAGUUCGUCAUCCACAGCUCUUCGAGAACUACAGCGAGACCUCGAAAACAAAGCUAACGAUCUUAGCAAACUCCAAAAAGAUAUAGCUAAGAAUCAUCAAGUCAAGAAGAAGUACACAAUCCAGUUAGGAGAGAACGAGCUAGUCCUCAAGGAGUUGGAUUUAUUAAAUGAGGAUGCAAAUGUGUACAAGUUGAUUGGUCCGGUGCUUGUGAAACAAGAUUUAGCGGAGGCUAAUGCGAAUGUUCGCAAGAGAAUUGAGUACAUCUCUGCUGAAUUGAAGCGACUUGAUGCAUCACUUCAAGAUUUGGAAGAGAAACAGUACAGCAAGAGAGAAGCGAUAUUAAAGGUGCAGCAGAGGAUUCAAUCUCAUCAAGCCGGAAAAGCAAAGGCAUAACUCAUCUCCAUAUGUUUGUCCACGGCUCCUUUCAUUCUAGUGGGAUGUUACUCAAUGCUGUAUAUCAUGGUCAUGUGUCUCGUAGGAGCUUUGACCUAGUGUUUUGAAACCUUUGGUUGUAAAAGAUGCAGUGUGUGUUAGUCUCGUUGACCAUGAUCACAUAUUGUUAUGACAGUAUGGUGAGUUACUCAAAGCAUUAAUGCAUCUUGUUGCAGCCUUUUGUUUUGGUCUGCCCUUUUUCAGUGAGACUUACAGCAAAACUGAUGAUGAAUUGCCACGUGAACAUGUAGCUGGAUGGCUAUAGAAGUGGUUAUGAUUUAUGUUAUUGCAGACAAAAAUGGUUUGAUUU